UGGUCGAAUCCCAACCUCCUGUGGCGGGUCAAACGCCUUCUACUCAGCUCGCCAAAAGACCUUCUGCUUCCCGAGCUCAGAAGCUAACCAUCUCCACCCAUAUGGAUUCGUAUGUGGUGGAUAAUGCUGCCGGUCCUCACGGAUCUACGCUGAUCUCGGAUGUAAUGUCCCGGAUCGGCCAGAGCUACGGCAGUUUCGAGGCUCCUCAGUGGCAGUGUCUAACUGGCACUCGAGACCGCACUGUCCUGUACGAGAAGAGUAUCGAGCACACUGCUGCGGCUCUUGCUUUCACUGCCCAGCUCAAUUACGAGCUGAACAACGAGAUCCAUUCGAGCAGGACCCACGCCCAAGAGGAGAGGGACCUCCACCUUAGAGCGAAUGAUGACCUGAAGGUGGCGAAUACUAAGCUCGAGGCAGUGGUUAAGGAGCGUGAGGAAAUGGCCAAGGAGCUCGGAAAGCUGAAAAACGAACUCGAGGAGCAAAAGAAAGAUAACAUCCAGCUUCGGGAGACCAAUAAGAAGCUCGAGGAAGACAAGGCCGUCACCCUCGACCUUAUGGAGGAUAUCAAAACCCGCCUUACUGCCGAGUACAAAGAAAAGAAGGAAACGGCGGUCGAUUCAGCCAUGUACCGGAUGUGGGCCUAUAACGAAGAACUGGACACCAGUUUUUUGGGUCCCCACGAGGCGUCCUUCCUCGAACGAUGGAAUGCUCAGCUCGAGAAGGAAGAGGCUGAACGGCUCGAGAAAGAGAAGGCUGAGCAGCUCGAGAAGGAAAAGGCUGCUCCGGGUACCGUUUCGGAGGGAGCUCAGGAGGAUAGUCAUGCUAUUCGUCCUGAGAGGUCCGGUGCCGCUGAGAAGGCCAAGGAGACUCCUCUUCAUUGAGUCUGACCUCGGGGAGAUCAGUCAUCGGGGCUGCGUCCCCUUAUGUAAUUAUUGUGAAUUACGCCCAUGGGGCUGAUACAAUUUCUUUAACUAAUUUAAUUUUUUUUUUUUUACAUGCCUUACAUUUCUUGGCUCGAAAUAUUUUGCACAUUCUUAUAAUUGAUGAACUCGUUUAUGUUUAUUUAUGCAUACAAACAUAGUUUGGAUUUUAGGCUCGAAAUUCGAUGCAUUCAUGCAUAGUUUAUUCGAAUUAUCCGUUUC